AUGAUUCUCCAAUUGAAAGCCUUUGAAUUGUUCCUCAAAAGGAUCCAUGGCGAUCGAAGUCGCUUUCGCCUCAUCUUAAUUGGAGGUUGCCGUGACAGCUCGGAUUACCUUCGAGUGGAUCGUCUACGGGAGGCUGCGAAACGUGUGGGUCUGUCAGAUCAACAAGUCAUUUUCGAGGUUAAUGCGUCUUCGGAGACUGUAAAGAAAUACCUCUCUGAGGCCACUAUUAAUCUGCAUACUAUGAUUGAUGAGCACUUUGGAAUUGGUAUCGUAGAAGGGAUGGCAGCGGGCUUAGUGACUGUUGCAAACAAAUCCGGUGGACCAUUGAUGGAUAUAAUUGGUCCAGCAUUGGCAGAGCCUCGUGUCGAUCCUUCGACUGUUAAACCCACUCCUGUGGGUUACUUGGCUUCAAGCGAAGCUGAAUAUGCGGAUAUCUUUCAUUAUGUCCUUGUAAAUGCUACUUCCUGUCAAUUGGAUCCUUUGAGAUUUGCUGCAAAAAAGCGUGCUCAGUCCCUGUUCUCAGAAGCAGCAUUUUUUGAGGGGACAAAUUGCACUGCCUACUUGAGCAAGUACCACAAGGGACGAGACAGACGAAAGAGGAAUUCCCUAAAAGGUGAAGAGCCAACUCAAAUUAAACCGCCUCAACUGGAUAUACAGCGUCAUUAUUAG